AUGGAGGCAUCCGGGAAAAACUCCAUAAUCGAACUCAUAGACUUGCCAGAGGAAGGUGACAAAAGGUUUCGCGAUGUAAUCCAGCCCCCACGAUUAGAGACGCCUUUCCACAGAGCAGCAACUCUGCAGUCUGAUAACAAGAAACAGCCGCGACAAACCACAACAAGACAUCAUGCCCCAUACGUGUCCUUCGGUGACCGGGGUACAACUGCAAGUGCAGGCGCAUACGGCUCCCUGCUUCGUAUUUGUCGCCCUGUACCGAGUGAUCACCUCCAGUCGGGGAUUCUUGGCCUGGGAAUGCCCGAUGAUCCGGAGGCAUGGUAUGUCUACUGGCGCUCAUCGCAGUUCCUAGAAAAUGCCCAGCUUAUGGCCAACGGUUUCGGCCUGCAAAUCCUAAACGCCGCAUCCUCACGGCCACCGAGCGUGGAGUUUGUGGGAGACCGUUGGCCAGUCAUUUCAUAUAGCACCAAUGAGCGAUUCAUGGUCACUGUGAGGUUAUGGUGUCAGAACAAUGUGGUCGUCCAGCAAACCCAGAUCACGAACGAGUAUCUAUCUUUCGAGCCCUUGAAUAUGCAACUGAACCCCAAUUGUCAUAUGCAAGAUUUGGACUAUCUGGAGAAACGAAAUAAUCUGCAAGUAGAUUUUCUGAGGGCACCCCAUGGCUACGGAAUGGUUGCCAUGGAAAAUAGUCCAGACUUGAGGGUCGAAAAAGAACGCAUGUGCGUGCUAAUCGGGGUUUUCAAAGAUGGGAUCGCGCAAGAAUUGAAUUUACAAAAGGAAGGAGGAGCAAUAAAGCCGAUCCCAAUCACGCAUAAUUUCAAGAAGAGGAAUACAGUUGAAAUAGCCGUGGCUUUCAAAAUCCAGAUGAGUACAGCCAAGGAGGACUGGCGGAACUUCAUCCUUUCAAGCACCGACCUGAAAUUUGACCCUCAACCGGAAUCUGUUACAACCACUAGGCCUUCUGCUUCAAACCCAGAGAUAAAUUGGCUUCUCCGUCGCAACCUUGAACAUAUACUUUCGGUCUGCAGUAUUCCAACUGCCGAACAACCUAAUUUGGAUUUCGAGUCUUCAUCAGUGCCUGUCACUGUGGAAAAUGACAGACCAGUCAUAACACUCACAACACCUGAUCAAAAGGAUGGCACUCCUCUCUACAGAACUACGGUUCAGGAUCAAGAAAGUCUGAAAUCCGAUUCUGAAUUCAGCCCAGAACCCCCAAGAGAUUUUCAAGGCCCAAUGAUUACGCUCAGCGCACCUGAUGGCAAAGAGGAUGUUCUUCAUCGAAGUGCAUCAAUCCAAGAUCAUAUAGGUCCCAUAGCUCUUACAUGUGGUGACUUUGGUGAUCAUCGAGUUAGUGUCUCAGGAAGCUACUUUGCAUUCAUUUUUAUGUUGGAGAUGCAUGGUGUACUUUCAGAUGCACCAGAACUAUGCGAGAAAAUUCACAUGACAUGCAAAGGACAUCUUGAGUGGGUCUCACAGUUGAGCAGCGAUGAGGCAUGCUCGUCUAAUAUCAGCAUCCAGGGCAGGAUCAUGAAUCAAUCAGAAGAGACAGAUCUGCCGCCCGAUGGGCCUAUGAACAUGCCGAGUCACAUUAUCAAAGCCACAGAAUACCUUCGGGUAUUUAAUGAUAUAGAGGAUCUACUUUCUGUGUGCAGUUGGUUGGGUGACUUUGCGGUGACGUGGUUUCGCCAGCUUAUUGAGACUAAGAAUCAUCUCACACCAACAUGGCAACAUCUGGCCGACUCGGAGCUUCCAUUGUAUCGUCUCAGUGACCACGUGUGGAUUUGGAAGGCAUUGAAUAAUCUGGAAUACCUAAUUCAGCAUGUCAAAGAAACACUACAGAAUAUGCCGAACGAAACUCUAAAAGACUUUCUUCGAAUAGCUGAUCACUUACCUCAUCGUGGAGCGCGGAAGUCAACAUCAGGCCCAAUGUUGAAUUUCACAGCAGAGGAGCUGCGCAGACAGAAUCUGCGACGUUUUACGCUUGAGAACGAUGUGCUACGGAAGCGCAUGCUGAGUGUCACCCGAACCUCCCGAGAGACAAGAUUUUUAUUUCAUUCGCGGGAUACCAUCCUUUACUAUGGACUUGAUUGGGGCUUCUUCAGAGGAGAAGAAGAAAUUUGGAAACAAUUGGUCAGUGCGCAGGUUUUACACGAUGAAGGAAAUGAUGAAUCCCAAUGGGACAACCCUCUGCGCUACGGUCUGGCGAUGGAGAUGGCCAAGCAAGGCCAUCAGCUCGAGCGAAGCUUUACGCCAACUGAGAUGUUUACUCAUGCAACACAAAUUAUUCUCAACUCCUCUUCCGAAAAUGGUCUGUUUCCUGGCCAGCUUGACGACUUCAGCAAGGAGCCCGUUCUCUUCGACCGUGAGCUCUUCCGUGAUUUCUAUUUUCACGUCGGCUUUGAAAUCCCUUACAUUAUUCUGCGUACCAUUGUGAAAGUGAAACCGGACCAGCCUGAAGUCACUGGAGAAGCAGAUAUUGAUCCUGGAUCAUCAAGAGCAGGGCCCAGAAUCCCGCUUGUUAGUGAACGAGAACUACCUUCACAAGGCCAGCCAACAGAUCUGUCCCCCAUCCCGGACACCAAUUUUACUGCCGUACAAGGGUAUAUUGAUUUUCAAACGGACGGGCGAGCAGUUGCAGUCCAAAGAACAUUGAAACGUCAAGUUCCAUACGGCAGGCUCGUCGAACUCGGCAAUAUCGUCGAUGUACCGGAAGAAUGGGUGUAUAAAUAUCCCGACUUUCUGGACUUUACACCACCGGCAACUGAGCAAGAUUUUGAUACGAUCCAAGAAGAAGCGCGUGGGGUGAUUCAAGAAACAUUGAAAGAUCGAGACUUUAGGCGAAUCGUCGAGAAUUACCAGAUAUCAAGCAUUUCGACGCGUGCUUCGGACUGCUAUGUAAUAGUCGACGAUAUCCGUAGGGGACGAAAGCAACGAAAGUGGUCGGUCGAGGAGAAGUCCAUAACAAGUGAUUGUCCCACCUAUAUAGACUUAUGGAAUCGACUCCGGGAAUCGCGGAGUGCUGAGACCAGCAAAAAGCGCUUGAUUUACCUCAGAGCUCCGGACUACACGGUCGCUACCAUGUGUUACCUGGCAUCACCCGAGCUCGAGCGAGUACACAUGGCGCAAUUCUUCGAUCGACAUGCCAAAGUGCAUGCGAACUACUUUUAUGAUGAUACCGCGGCCGUGGUCAAUAGUUGGGUGACCGAAGUUCAUUUCCGCUUUUUCCAGCUGUAUAGGCCCAAUGGAGACGAGACACUCCCUGCAGACCUCCAUUGCGUGCGACAACUGAAAUCGCAAGAAUGUGGCCUGUUCGGCAGUGAUACCUAUCUCAUUGAUGCUGUAAUUAGCUUUCGUAUCGUGGGCGAUUUCUUUGAUCGCUACUGGACGUGUCAUAUUAUUCAAUAUUUUGCAGACGCGACAGAGCUUGCUAAUUAUCCGCCACUUGAUGACUACGAUCGCAGCCAAAGUGCAAAUUGGCAGCAACGCAAGGUUUUGGAGCUGGUUUUCAUCAAUCGCAUUCUGAAAAAGGUGUCUAGUAGCAUGGAUUCGAUUUUACGGCGCAUCGAACAAGGUCCUCGGUCGACCACGUCGGAUGCGGGAGAAAAAUACUUUUCCAGAGACAGCUUCGAAGAUCGCAAGCCAGGGGAGUUGCGGGAAAUCUUCCAGCUUCUGGUUAUUUUGAAGAAUAACAUUACCAAUCUGCAAGGCUUGAUUGAGCAAUGGAAUUCCCGAGAGAGCUCUCAAGGCCGAUCGCGACCACGCUGGACAAGAAUGGAUGAGCAGAAAUAUCGGAAGUCCAUUAAGCAGAAGCUGGUUCACUUUGAGGACCAUGUUCGAGAGAUCAAAGCAACAGCCGCGCGCAUUGAGUUCCUAAUCGCGUUGGUAACUAAUGCCCAAGACGCCAUCCGAUCUAAAAAAUCGCUCAAGGAAGCAGAGAAUAUCACCCUCUUCACUUAUGUCACCGUAUUCUUUCUACCAGUGGGACUUGCUGUUAGUAUCUUCAGCAUGAGCAAUGCACCCGAUCAUAGCGUUCUGGUUUACAUGAUCGCUACAGCGGCGGUGGCUCUUCUGAUCACAAUUGGCGUAUUAUGGUGCGUCCUUAGCCACUUAAUUCCUACAAAGUUGCAGAUUAUCCGGACAGCACUCAAAAGUACACGAGGCCCACCAAUCAUGCCAGAAGAUGCAUUAGCCGAUGAAACUCUUUUAAACCAGCGACUUUUGCGGCGGCUAUCGAUGAGAUCAAAGGAUCAUCGAAAAGCUGGACGGAAGAUUGAUGAUCUUGAAGGGCAGACUGGACCUGAAAUCGAUAUGGAAUCCCUACGAGCAAAAUGGACUUACAAUAAAUGA